CAUGUAAAAUAUCGAAUAUAAUAUAUAUUUUUAUAAACAACUGGUAGCGAUAUGAGUUGCAGAUAAUUGGUCAGUUACCACAUUUUAACUAACUCUUUUGACCUAUAAAUUCUUUUCAGCUCAAUUCAAAAGUGAAAAAUGCCCAUAAUAUCACUUUAAGGACACAUUUUGCAUUCAAUCUUUGUUAAACUUGAUCAGAAUGUGAAUCUUAACAUUAUCUAAGCCAAGUUUGAAUGUGAGUUACAUGCUUUCCAAAACUGUCACCACGUCAACCUAUUUAUGACAUUAAUAAAUACAUCUUGAUGAGACUUUAUCAAAAUGUGUUUCUUGACAAAUAGAAAUUCACUUCCUGUGAAAUUAGAACUUAAUCUAGUUCGAAUUCAAAUUUGAUUUUCGUGCGUUAAAAAAGUCACAAGGUCAAAUCUGAGAAAAGAUUCUUUCCACUCUAGAGGCCAUAUGUAUGACUCUAUCUUUAUGAACUUGGUUAAAGUUUUAAUUUUGGAAAUACUAAUUAGUCCCACUUCAAAUGGGUCAUUUGCGUCCACUAAAAUAUCUAAACACUCAAGCGGUAUUAUCUAUGACUUAAGAUUGAAACUUGGUCAUAGUGUUGAUCUUAAAUCAUAUCUAGGCCAAGUUUUGAAACUAGGUCAGAUGCAUCUACAUACAAUGUCAUCAGGUCGGAACUGAAAAAAAUCAUUAAAGUGUCACAUUUAUGAUUAAGUCUUGGUGAAACGUGGCCUUCAUUACAAAACAAAGGCCAUGUUUGAACUGGGUUAAGUGUGGUAAAAACUAGAUCAUCUCGUCAAAUCUUCAUCAAUUGAUAUCCGUGAACGCUGGUGAGCUCUUAAGAGCCUUUGUAGAUGGCCCAUCAUCAUGAAUUAUAAAAAAGGGCUAAAUUUUGAUUGCUUCUUUUAUGGACAUGGUUUAAUAUUCAUGCUUAAAUUCAAAAACAAACGUUGUUCUUUAAAAUCAAUCUUACAUUUAAAAAAAACAUAGCAUGAUUUCAUUUCCAGUUAACUUUCUUAUAUUAGAGUUAAUGAAAACUAGUUGCAAAAGUAAUUAAUAACUGUGAUUGAAUAAUGUAUUUUGUAGAUUCGAUCACGCCUGAUAUUGUUUCAUCGGUGUCGCAGUUUCAACUUUUUAAUGUGCCCAUGUAAGGCUUCGCAUCAAUGGUUUUCUGGUUUUAAUUCUUUGAAUGGUUAUUGGCGUUGACUAUUCACAUGAAGCUAGUCAAUGGUUAGCACUGCAUUGUGUUUGUUGUUAUUUUAAAGCUACACGUAAAUCGAUUUUACAGUCCUUUAAUAAAUGUUUGGUAUUGUAAAAUUGAAACGAAAUUGAAUUAAUAAAAUCGUGGUACUGUGCAGCAAAAGUUCCCACAUGGUAUCUUCGUCAUUAAUGUCAUUGGGCUUGUUUUACUCAAGUAAAACAUUCGGAAGUUAUUGUGUUGUGUGUGUGUUUUUUCUAUAGAUUUAAUUAUCCGACGCAAUGACUGAUCCAACAUACAGCAACACGCUUUUAGCGCGUCUUUUCGAUCGUGCCAAGCAGCGCACCAAUGACAGACGCUGGGCGGCCUACGUCAGGUACAUCAACGCAGGCCUCGAGGUGCUCGGCAAGGAACGUGUCUAUCUCGUUGGAAGUACGGGCGAAAAUCUAAAUCUUCGAUUACCGAGCGAUCGCGGUGACGCGGACUUUCUUCUGGUAUCCGGUAGACUAGAAGUUCCUGUCGCUAACAUCGAGUAUCGUCUCAAUACACCACUGUACCUGUGGAUCCGGGGUAAGGGUCUGGACAUGCGCUACUGUGGAAGACUCGUGGAUGACACGUAUCUGUCCGCGGACAUGCUGCGCACUGUCCAUCCGAUGCUGUUCACUAUGAUACGGGCUCUUUGCACCAUUGUCACUGCCCCGCUACAGUUUGUACCUGGGCGAUAUUUGAUCCAUACCUGUCUAGGUAUGCCUUCCAGGGUAGGAAUAGCAUUCACUGAAUUCCGUCAAUUGAAAAUAGAAGACACAGAUUCUUUGCGUAUGGGUCCUAAUGCUGAAGAGAUAAUGCAAGAAGAAGUGGAAUCAAAGCUUAAACGACGGCAAAAUAGUGUAAAGAUGAAAGACAACGAUGCCAAAUUAUUCAAGCGCGUGCAGGAAAUGGCUUCAUUUUCAAAGACGCCUUCAACGAGAGGCGAACAUCAUGGACGGAAUGUUUUCCUGGCCACCAUGAUCGACGAGGCAUUGCGGCGAAAAUCUGGGGUUAACCAAUCAGAAGGAGAUUGCAAUUCAGAAAUGGAAACUAUAUUUCAAGAUGUGUCAGAUGAGCAUGAUAACGAAUUUAUUGGUAAAGUCAAAGCCACCUACGAUGAUAUUGCUGGAAAAGAUUUCGUUCCAGCACUGCGAAUAGAUGGUAAGUUGUCAUGCAUUGAGGAAUUCUGCAGGCGAGUUCAAAGUGCAAAAUGGCCUCCAAGGAAUGUUGUCAACGACAUAGACAACAAAUGCGAGUUCUUCAUUAUUGCUCGCGAUGCACCUUUGAACCCAUCAAAAGAAAAGGAUUUCUGUUUGUCGUUUAAUCUGGCCGAAAUCAUGUUGAACCAAAACCUGCCUCCAACUGCUAAAAGGGUGUACAUCCUCAUGAAAGCCUAUCUUAAAGGAAUUUUCAAGAAAACGUUUGACUCGAUCGGUCGAUUUAAUCCCAUCAAAUCGUACUACAUGAAAACUUCAAUAUUUUGGACAUGUGAAAUAUAUGCCAACGAACUAUGCUGGAAUGAAACAUCAGAGCAUAGUAUUUUGGACGCCGUUCAGAUCGUCCUCAGGUUCCUUCUUGGUUGUAUUAAGGCUAAGAAAUUGCGACAUUAUUUCACAGAAAGUAAUCUAUUUGACGGGGUUGCCGAUCUGGACUUAGAAAUAGCCGGAGCGUGCAUCUAUGAGAUACAGGCAGGUCCGUUUGAAAAAGUGCAGGAUUUCUUUGACGUAGAGAGCGAACACAAACGUGAGGUUUUGCUUGAUCACGAGGCGGCGAGGCGUAUUUUAUCACUACAACAAGAUGGUGGAAGGAGAGAAUGCUUAAACCGUCUUGACGACUCAUUUAUAGAUAUGGCAAGAGCAUUUAACGACGCCAGUUGUGACCCAUCUGGUGAUUCGAUUGUGAAGGAGAUUGUACUACGUGUUGCAGAUACAUUUUUGGAGGAACAGAAACAAAGAGCGAGCGCCAAGAAGGCUGACAAAAGCGGACACCGUAUUUCGGCUUUAGACAAAACAUCAAAUAAAUGUGUAGGUCAACGCGAUUUGUCAAAACCCAAACUAAAACAGGCACCUCUAAUUAAACUGUUGAAUAAUUUUGUUACCAACGACGGAGCUGUUAGUCAUGGUAGUGGAGAGGCAAGUCAACGGCUUGGUGACCUUUUGGCGGUCGGAUCCCUUUUCCCGGUCGGACGGGAUUUCAUUAACAACAUCGGUGGCGAAAAAGGUGCUAAGAAUGUUCUUGAGCAAGUUGAUGCGCAGGAAUCGGACUCUGAGGAUCGGCUAAGAAAAACUGUAGAACGAUAUCUAACCUGCAAAGACGAAGAAGAACCGACGGUAGCGAUUGAACUUAAACAAAUGAUUGCGAUUUAUUUCCUAGCAAAUGAUGAUGAGUUCAUGUAAAUAUAAAAGUGUAAAUUACAAGUCGGACUGGUUAAAGUUUUAAUUUGUCCAAUUACAAACGUCUAUCGAGAGCAACUUUACAUGUAUUAUUGUAUAAAAGUUUAAUCCAAUUUAAAUUUAAGUAUGUUAAAAUUGUGUUUUAGUGUUCAAUGUUUAAAUAAAUUAACAUCAAUAUGAAAUUUGCUUAUUUCAGUUACGCUUGAAGUUGAAUGCUUAUCUUAAUUUGUUAAAAGGGACUUUUGUCCACAUUUUGGCAAAAUUACAAUUUUAAUCAUUUUUUUCUUGCAAAUAUAUGUAUUACCAACAUAGCGUUUGAAAAAAAACUUAUUUUGAAAAACAAACAAAAAAACUUGUGUGAUGCAGUGGUAAGCUUGGUGAAUUUUGCUUCCAGUUGUCCCGUGUUGGAAACCUCGUGGUAUGCGAACUUUUUACUUAACUUAUGCCCUUACUACUAUAAAUAUUUAAACCAUUAAUAAUGUUUUAUAUUUGUAAAUAGAUGCAUGUAAUUACAUUUUUAAAAUAUCGAACUAUGAAUAAUUCCCCUUAAUAAGUAAAUUUAACACACCUAUCAAACACAUAGUUCCAUUAGAAUUGUUGUAAUUUAUAUUGGGGAUUUUUGUACUGGUUGUAACUUUAGUUGCAUUUAUAAUGCUCUGCACUUUUAAAUUAUUACGUAUAUAUCACAUUAUCAAAUUACUCAUAUUUGUAAAUAAAACGUUUUUUUUUGUUGCACAAAGUAUGUUCUUACAUGUACAAAUCAUUUUAGUAAGAGAUAGUUAUGCAUCGUGUUACCUAAUAACAGGCUACGUUUGACUUAAAUUGCCGUUUGAAAUGUACUGUCAAAACUGUAUUUGAAUGUCAUUUAUCAAUUGCCAUAAAUGAAUGUAGAUGGUCUGUUCCUAAAUGUCUUUUGCGAUACUAUGGCUGUAUUUUACGAAUUGUAAUGCAUUAAAUGUCAGUAAGUAUGUCAUAUUUACUCAUAAUAACUGCUGUGCUUGUUAACAUCAUAUACGACGACGUUCGAACCAUCUACAUUUUUGAUUUCGUAGGUGGUUUGUAUAAAAGUUUUGAAAUGCUUGUUAGUUAAUACCCAAUUAAACAUUGAAUUAAACAUUGUACUGUGGUCAGAGCCUUAGGGCUGAGUAUAUUUUCGUUUCGAAUAGGUAGCAAGCAAUGGCCAAUCCUUUUGUCAUUGUUACAAGCAUGAACCAUAAUUGGCAUUAUUUUGUUACAGCUGUUAGGUAGCUUAAUAUACGAAAACAAUUCCACUACUAUCACGCAUUGUUCCAUUACUCCCAAACAAUUACCAACUGCUGUAUAAACUGCUAAAAUCAUGAGAUUGUUCCUCGUGAAACGAAUUUUGUUGCUUGGGUUAGAACAAAAUUAAUAUUAAUAAUAAUAUAAUAUUAUUACAAUGGCCAUAUGAAAACCUUAUAUACGUAAAAUACAGUAUUUGUAUGCCCCCCUUCGAAAAAGAGGGGGUAUAUUGUUUUGCUCAUGUCGGUCCGUAUGUCCGUAUACAUGUCCGUUCACAAGAUGGUUUCCGGAUGAUAACUCAAGAACGCUUACGCCUAGGAUCAUGAAACUUCAUAGGUACAUUGAUCAUGACUGGCAGUUGACCCCUAUUGAUUUAGAGGUCACUAUGUCAAAGGUCAAGGUCACAGUGACUCGUUCUUGGAUGCAGUUUAGGACCACAUUUGCAGAUUAUAUUAUGUGCUGGUGUGGUGGGUUCUCCGUCCCCACCAGAUGGUUUUCGGAUAACUCAAGAACGCUUACACCUAGGUUCAUGAAACUUCAUAGGUACAUUGAUCAUGACUGGCAGAUGACCCCUAUUGCUUUUCAGGUCACUAGAUCAAAGGUCAAGGUCACAGUGACUCGAAAUAAUAAAAUGGUUUCCGGAUGAUAACUCAACAAUACGUACGCCUAGGAUCAUGAAACUUCAUAGGUACAUUGAUCAUGACUGGCAGAUGACCAUUGAUUUUCAGGUCACUAGGUCAAAGGUCAAGGUCACCGUGACUCAAAACAGUUAAAUGGUUUCCGGAUGAUAACUCAAGAAUGCUUACGCCUAGGAUCAUGAAACUUCAUAGGUACAUUGAUCAUAACUGACAGAUGACCCCUAUUGGUUUUCAUGUCACUAGGUCAAAGUUCAAGGUCACAGUGACAAAAAACGUAAUCACACAAUGGCUGCCACUACAACUGACGUCCCAUAUGGGGGCAUGCAUGAUUUACAAACAGCCCUUGUUAUAUAUUGAUGUAAUUAAUUAGCUUCGUUACAACAUAUGGUUAUAAGAAAUAUAUAAUUACAUAUAUAUUAUCGAUAGUUAUUAAUUUAAUACUCCAAUAUUUAAAAAUGCAUGCAUGUAUUAUUGUUAUAAAACGAAUUUUUAUUUUGUAUAAUCGACUUUAUAAACACUGUUUGAUUACUUGUCCACUUGGUUUUUUGCCUUCUGUAUGUAUUGUUUAAGAAACUGCAAACUGUAUGAUAGUACUGGUGUUUUAGCUAGUGAGUUAGUUAAUUUACUGUAAAUAAGUAUAUAUGUAAACAGACCACCAAUAAAAAUUGAAUAAUCAAA